AGGUACCUAGCUAACAAAAGUUGUCAAAAGAAUGGCAGAAAAGAAGAAAAGAGUUGUGUGGAGGGAGGGAGAGGUAAAAGAUUUGAUAGCAAUCUGGGGAAGCCCAGAAUUUAGAGAUAGAAUCGAAGUGAAAAAUUGGAAAAGCAGUACUUCCGGCCAAAAAAUGCUUGUAUUCGAGGAUGUGGCAGCUACUCUUCACAGCUUUGGUCACCCACGGAAGGAUGGUCAUAAUAUCCAAACAAAAAUCAAAGGUCUGAGAUCGUCUUACAAGGCUAUUAAUGAUAAGAUUAUAAGAUCGGGAUCGGGAACAGAUUGUUUAGAAGAUUUCCCAUAUUUUGAUUCGAUUAAUGAAAUCUUGGGUCAUAGACCAAACAUCUGUCCACCAGAGAGAACAGUUGGGGAUUCUUUCGGUCCAGCAUUUCAUCUGAGCAAUCCUAACACUACCAGACCUCGACCUAGGCCUAGUAGUAGUAGGUCUAGGCCUAGCCCCACAUCUAGCCCGUGCCCCGGAACUAGCAGCUCGGCAAAAGAAAAUGGGCUUGAAGAGUGGUAUGCAAAUGAUGAUGAUGAAGAAAUACAAUCAAGUCUAAAUAAUGAUGUGGAUUAUAGUCCAGCAAACUUUGGUGCUGUUAAUAAUGAAGAAGAAGGCAGUGAUGUAAUAUUGGAAGUCCAGGAAAUUCCGGAUGAACCCUUUGAGAUUGACCAAACAUCUAAAGCCGCGGAUGUACCUAUGCCGGAUACACCAUCUGCCAAUGACGAAAAAGAGACUGCCAUCAUCCACUCAGGGAUCUAA